AUGUGUCAAAAGAUAAUCAUGGAUGUCUUCCCAGCCAGUCUAACACUUUACUUUGAAAAUGCAGAGAACGGGGACGAAUCGCUACCCAUGAAUAUUGAAUGGUUGCGGUUGCAGUCAUUUGCAUCUGUUCGCAAAAUAAAUGUUCGACCAAUACAAUUGGCGAGGGCUGGAUUUUUUCAUACAGGUGCCUCUGAUGAGGUACGGUGCUUUUCUUGUGGUGCCCGACGAUCUGGUUGGAAGAUUGGAGACAAUCUUGAUGAAAUUCACAGACAAAUCUCACCUUUCUGCAAACAUGCGAAUGAUACAGACAAUACAAAUGUUGCCGUACCUCGAGAAACAGGAACAGGCUCUUCUUCAGGUCACCAGGAAACUCAAAAGACAAAACAAGAAACUCGUCCUGUGAAGGAAAAUGGACUAAAUACAUGUUGUCAUGGCUAUAAGACAAAAAGGUUCGUAGGUGACAGGUUUCUAGAAAGAAUGGAAACCCAGCACCAGCCCAAAAUGCAAGCCCAAAAUAUGGCGACGAACACAGUUCAUUCUUCAGUCAAACAAAUCCCAAAUGGGAUGAUCGCUCAACAAAAGUCAAUCUCUCAUGGUAUCUCCGUGUCAGAAUCCUCUACUGAACAAAUACAUCACUCAAUGGUUUCCACUGUUUCAUCUUCAGCAACUAACGGUCAUUCGAUAUACAGGAGGUCAUGUAAACGAUCCGAAAGCAAUUCAAACUUCAUUAUACCUGUUCAGAAUGGAAAUGGAUCUUUUCCUGAACAAAGACGGUCUGAAAACGAAAGCAACGUUGCACAUAAUACAAACGAAACUUCCCAACCGAGCACAUACAUUAAUCCGCUCUCAAAUCACCCCAUUCAAGAUACAGCAAAUCCAACAUGCACUGUCAGCGCUGAUUCUUGCCCCGUUGGUGCUUCAGUAGUCCAGAGGUUAUCUCCACUCGGUGUUAACUUCGAAAAACCGAAGUACCCAGUAUAUGCAGUAUUGACUGUGAGGAUAAGUUCCUUCAGUGGUUGGUCAGGUUCACAGACACCAAAACUGAUGGCUGAGGCAGGUUUUGUGUACGCAGGAUACACAGAUUAUACCAGGUGUUUUUUCUGUGGAGGAGGACUUAAAAACUGGGAGGAUGGGGAUGAUCCAUGGAUUGAGCAUGCGCGAUGGUUUCCAAAAUGCGUUUACUUACGACAAAACAAGGGAGUCGUUUUCAUACAGCUGGUACAAGAAACACUCGAUACCGAAGAAAAGGUACGGAUUCAUGUACAAGACAACACCAAAUUCAGCUUGGAAAAAGUAGCCUUGUUUGAGAAGGAUAUUGAGGAGCUGCCAGUUGUCCAGAGUGUUGUACAGCUAGGAUACUCCCCAGAACGUGUCAAACAAGUCGUUAAGCAGCUAUCGGCAAAAGAAAUCGCAGGUAUUCACAGUACAGAUGUUCUUCUAAAACUGAUCACCGACAAAAGAAGCACAGAUUCCUAUGGGCAUGGAUCCACGAUUAGUGGGGGCGUUGCGAGCACAAACACGACAGAAACUGAAGAGUGCAAGAAACGACAGUUAUUGGAAGAAAACCGCCGACUGAGAAGAAAUAAAAUGUGUAGAAUAUGUGAGGAGGAAGACGCCUCAAUCACGUUUCUCCCUUGCGCGCAUCUCGUGUGUUGUGACGUAUGCUCUCAAGCUAUGAGACGCUGUCCUGUAUGCAGGGUCACUAUACAGGGCAGCAUCAAAACCUGGCUCACGUGA